GUCGUUUGACUUUGUUGAAUCCCAUGUGAAAGAUUCAUAUUAAAAAGCUCCUCUUCCCAGCCUCAUCUCUCUGGAGUCAGUCUGAACAAACUCCACAACUUCUUCUACUUUCUCUCUGGUUUUCUUCGAUGCUUUGGCGUGGGAUCUGAAGCUCAACCAACCCUCUUAUUCGUGACAAGGAUUAGUAUCAGCAUUGUGUUUUCACCAACUAAUGGCUACAUCUUUGAUUCACUCAAAUAAAAAUCUGAAGAGGAUGCAAUCGAGAAAGUCACAUUCAUGGUGGUGGGAUAGUCACAUCAGUCCCAAAAAUUCUAAGUGGCUAGCGGAGAAUCUUGAGGAGAUGGACCAGAGUGUUAAGAGGAUGUUGAAGCUGAUUGAAGAGGAUGGAGAUUCAUUCGCCAAGAAAGCUGGGAUGUAUUACCAAAAGAGGCCAGAAUUAAUAUCUCAUGUUGAAGAGUUCUACCGAAUGUACAGGUUUUUGGCUGAGCGUUAUGAUCAUGUGACAGGAGAAUUGAGAAAAAAUAUUCCGUCUGACCUCCAAUCCCAGGGCUCAGGCAUUUCUGACAUUAGCACUGAGUUGCCCUCUCCAUGUCCCUCUCCCGAACCAAAGCCAAGCCGUCCUAGAUCUGGCCCCCGAGCUGCUGGUUUUGAUGUCUUCCUUGGCUCUUUUGGAAGCAGCACUGAUCUUUACCAUAAAGAAGGAGAUGACUCAUCUUCAUUAACAGAUUCUGAGUCAGAAUCCGAUAAUUCUUCAGUGAACAACUACUCUAGUUUAGUUGGGAAUGGUGGUGAUCAAGGGCUCCAGCCAAAAGUCAUGGAAUUGGAGACUGAACUUCGCGAAGAUAAAGAAAAACUCCGGUUGCAACAGGAAGCAAAUGCUGAUGGAUCAGCAAAGGAUCCUAAAAUUGUGAAAUCUGAAGAACUGCUUGCUAGAAUAGCAAACUAUGAGGAAGAGCUGAAACAUGCUAAUGAGCAGAUAAAGCUUUCGGGAGAAGAAAUUUCUAGGUUGAAGAUUGAGCUUGAAAAUAAUCAGUCAUCGGAAAUCUCCAACCAUUUGCAGGCUGAAUCUGGAUCAUUGGCAGAGACAAGUAUUAAGACAUGGGAUGCUGAGCUGGACUUAGAGAAAAGUCAAGUGUCAAAACUUCAAGAAGCAGAAGCAUUAGAUGCAGAUACCAAGAUUCAGGCACUUUUGGAUGAGCUAAGAACCACAAAAGAGAAACUUCAGGGUUCAGAAAAAGAAAUUGCUACUUUAAAACAUGAACUUGAGACUAUCAGGUCAGAAAAAAUCCAAAAUUUGCAGAAGCAACUUGAAUUGUCUCAGAAAGAUGUCAUAACAUGGAAAGCUAAGCUGAACUCAGAGAAAAGAGAAGUUUCCAAGCUGCAAGAAAGAAUCGCAAGGUUGAAAACUAGUUUAUCAGACCGCGAUCACGAGAUCAGAGAUUUGAAAAUAGCAUUAUCUGAUGCUGAACAGAAGAUUUUCCCUGAAAAAGCACAUAUAAAGGCUGAAAUAGCAGGUUUGCUAGAUGAAAAGGUUUGCUUGCAGGAGCAGCUAAGAGAAUGGGAAUCACGUGGAAGGCGUUUAGACAAUGAGAUCAGAAAGAUCAAGGCCGAGAAAACUGAGAUGGAGCAAAGGCUUUAUGAUGAAAUUAAGGAGUUAAAGUCAGAGAUUGCGGUGAGGGAGGAUUGUAUAAACGAGUUGAAUGGACAUAUUGAUGCAUUAAAUUCCAAGAGAGAUGAACUCAAUCCAGAAAUUAAUAAACUAAAAGCUGAUAUGAGUUUUAAAGAUGGUAAGAUUAGUGUAAUGGAAAAGCAUUUGGAGGAAUUACAUAUGGAACAUGUGAAGCUAAAUGCAGGUGUGGAAGAAGGUCGUAAGGUUGUAAGGGGAUUGAGAGAAAGAAGUAAAGAAAUGGAGAAGGAGAUAGAGAGACAAAGAGUUAUGAUAAUGGAAGGAGCGGAAUAGAAACGAGAAGCAAUAAGGCAGCUUUGUUUCUCACUAGAGCAUUAUAGAAAUGGUUAUCUUAGGCUUCGAAAAGCAUUCAUUGGAAACAAGGGAGUUGCAGUUUUAGUAUGAAUAUUAUGUAAUGCAAUUGGGUUGCUUGUUUUAUUGCAAUUUCUUUUUUGUAAUUUGCAACUUCUUUUGAUGUUUGGUUUGGAUAUACCAUGUUUGAU